UCAAGAUCUAUAAAUUAUGUUUAUGAGGUUUUGUCAUACAGUACUUCUAAAGCUUUACAAGAUCAGUUAUUUAUAAAAGCUGCUAACAUUUGUGACUUUGAAGUUGCUAUGCCAACAGAACCAAGACCUUAG